AUGUGCAAAUUCGACGUGGAGCGGGUUCUAGUGGACACCGGCAUCACGAUCAACGUUUUGUUCUGGAAGACGUUGGAGAAAAUGGGCGUGACACCAGAGCAAGUCAAACCGGAGACCAGGACACUGACCGGAUACGAUGGCGUGGCGAAAAUGUCAAUGGGUGACGUGAAGUUGCAAGUCCGCGCUGGCAGAGUAACUCUCAAGACUAAGUUCGUGGUCAUAGACGCACCGCCAAUUUACAACGCCAUUUUAGGUUCACCUUGGAUCUACUCGAUGCAAGCGAUCCCUUCCACCUAUCAUCUCUGUGUAAAAUUUCCAAACGCUACUGGGAUAUACACACUCUAUGGCGAUCAAAAGAUGGCCAGGACCUGCUCUGUCAUUGAGAAAAAGCAACGGCGGAAAGAGAAAGCAUAG